GGAUUCCUUCCAGAUCCGCCUGGCUUUUUUUUUUUCUCCUUUCUUUCCCCCCCUCCCCCUCGCUUGUUCCAGGUUUUACUUCUGGUUGCCUGUGAGGGUUUUGCUCCUCCCUUCUGAAAUCCUAUAUUAACUGUGGCCAAAGCUGGGUAAGAGAAACACAGCUCAUUGUUGGUAAGUGCUGAUGAGCCUCGCAGAGGAGCGAGAAACAGCUUUUGCGUCUGCAGCAGCCGCCGCACCAGUAGCAGUAGCAGCACCAACACUAAUUAAUAAUUAGUAUCCUCACGUAACCACAGGGAAGAGAAAAAGAAAAGCCCUCUCUAUGGUGGGCGAGUUUUACUGACUGAUUUUAUCAACACCCUUGGAGCAACAACAACAACAAAAAGAGAGAGGUGGCAAAUGGCAGACCACAUGAUGGCCAUGAAUCAUGGGCGAUUCCCUGAUGGAACCAGCGGGCUUCAUCACCACCCUGCACAUCGAAUGGGGAUGGGUCAGUUUCCGAGCCCCCAUCACCAUCACCAACAGCAGCAACAUGCCUUCAGCGCCUUGAUGGGCGAGCAUAUACAUUAUGGAGCUGGAAAUAUGAACGCAAAUGGCGGGAUCAGACAUGCAAUGGGACCGGGGAACGUGAAUGGGGGGCAUCCUCCCAGCAGCAUGCCUCCCACGGCACGAUUUAAUAAUUCUCAGUUCAUGGCCCCCCCUGUUGCAAGCCAAGGAGGCCCCUUAACGGCCAGCAUGCAGCUGCAGAAGCUAAACAACCAGUAUUUUAGCCACCAUCCGUAUCCUCACAACCACUAUAUGCCGGACUUGCACCCUGCAAAUCAUCCGAUGAACGGAACAAACCAGCAUUUCAGAGACUGCAACCCAAAGCAUAGCAGCAGCGGCAGCGGUAUGCCUCCUUCAGUUCCCCAUGUCCCUGCAGCAAUGCUGCCUCCCAAUGUCAUAGACACUGACUUCAUAGAUGAGGAGGUGCUCAUGUCCUUAGUCAUAGAAAUGGGUUUGGACCGCAUCAAGGAGCUUCCUGAGCUGUGGUUGGGACAGAACGAGUUUGAUUUCAUGACAGACUUCGUUUGCAAACAACAGCCCAGCAGAGUGAGCUGCUGACUUCUUUAAAACAAACAAAGGACUUUCUAUCAGUGUGAAUGAAAACAUUCCCUUAGACACAGUAUCUCGCUUUUCAGUGCUGGAAAGGUUGAGAAUCUGGAAAACAGAGUAAACUAUAAGCUUGUAUAAAUUGGGGUUGUUUUUAAAUAAUUGCCUCUUUUUUUUUUUUGUAGUUUUGACACACUUCCCUUCCUGUAAUAAUAAUUUCUGGCUAACUCUGGCUUUUUAUGGGUUUUCCUAUCUUCCCCCCCCCCCCCUUAAUUGCCUCACAGUAACGUGUCCAUAAUUUCAACAGUGCUCAGCUGUUAGAUAUAAAUUUUGGCAAAUUGCUUAAUCUUGUGGAUUUUGUAAACAAUGAUUUCCAAUGACUUGAACUGCAUUCAGAUUCUGAGUGAACAGGGAAAAAAUUCCAUUAGUUGGUUGCAUGAACUUUGAAGGGCAGAUAUUACUGCACAAAUGCUGCCAUCUUGCUUCAUUUUUAACUAUGCAUUGCAGUGCAGACUAAUUUUUUGUUUUUUAAUAUGCUAAACUGGAAGCUUAACAGAUGUGGGCCAACCCCUCCUAGAUCAGGAAAAGAAUGUUAAAGUCUGCUACCCAGUCCCCCUCCCCCAUAUGUACAGACAAUAAUAUGGUGUGGAUGGAAUGUUGACUAGUCAGUGGCAAACAUUUCACAGAUUUUUAUUUUGUUUCUGUCUUCAGCAUUUUUGACACUGUGCUAAUAUAGUUUAUUCAGUACAUGAAAAGAUACUACUGUGUUGAAAGCUUUUUAGGAAAUUUUGACAGUAUUUUUGUACAAAACAUUUUUUUGAGAAAAUAUUGUUAAUUUAUUCUAUUUUAAUUUGCCAAUGUCAAUAAAAAGUUAAGAAAUGCUUUAGUUUUUCUAGAAGUCAUUUUACCAAAUUUUUUCUUCCAAACCCCCCUUGCCCCUGGUAAGUAGAACAUCUACCUGUUUAAAAAAAAAAAAAAAAAAAACUGUGUGUUGGUGUGCAGGAAAACAUUCCAAAGUAGACUUACAUUGCACCAAUGUAUAUUGAGCUCAGGAGAGCAGGAUUUAAACAUAAUUAUGGCAUAAAGCUUAAUAAGAAACAUUGUAAUAUGCCUGUCAGUGUGGUUUUUAUCAAAAAUAAAGUUGCCAAGAAGCAACUUUUUGUGUGUGACUUGCCAGCAUAGUUGCUUUAAAUGUAGUUGUCCAGAAUUAUGAUGCAUAAAGUAUUUAUUAUAUUUAUCUAUUAAACUUGUAAUUUUAUAAA